AAAAUUCCUCUUGUUCCCUUGGCCGUUCAAAUCCUGAUUCACCUUUCUCUCUGCGACACCGAACUUUGCGUUUUUCCGGCGUUGCGUCGGCCGAAGAGGUUUCUGUCUGUCUCUCUCUCCCCUGACGCCGAUUCUUGUUGUUUGGCAGUAUCUGGAACAACACACCGCUUUCUGCAGAGAUGGGAGAAAUGAUUCUUUUGCCUGAGGAAGAUACCCGACUGGAUACUACACGAGCAAGAUUCUCAAAUCUUCUCAAGAGACAUGGAGAACUGGCAGAGCGCCUUUCUAGGGAUUCUGAUAAGACGAUAUUUGAUCGACUAAACAAAGAAUUUGAAGCUGCACGGGCAUCCCAAACUCAAGAAGUUUGCUUAGAUGGGGAUGAGUGGAAUGAUGGCUUGCUGGCUACAUUGAGGGAACGGGUUCAUAUGGAGGCUGAAAAAAAGGCAAAUAAUGGAGAUGCGAGUCUUGGACCAAUUUCUCAUUCUGAAGAGCGUGUAACUUAUAGAGUGGGGAAUAAGGUGAUCUGUUGUCUAGAAGGGGCAAGAAUUGGAAUACAGUAUGAAACAUCUUUUGCAGGAGAACCUUACGAGGUAUACCAUUGUGUGCUUGAAAGCAAAUCAUUUCUGGAAAAGAUGACUGUCCUUGAGCACACAAUUCCUUUCUUUUUGCCACUACGAGACUUAGAAAAUGAUCUUCUUUCUUCCAAUGCUAAGAAAUUCAUAGAUAAUGUUGGAGAACUUCUGCAAGCAUACGUGGAUAGGAGGGAACAGGUUCGACUUAUCAAGGAGCUCUAUGGAAAUCAGAUUGGGGAGCUUUAUCAUAGUCUUCCUUACCACAUGGUUGAAUUCAUAUUAGAUGAUUGCGACUGCAAGGUGAUGGCGAGUCUGAGGUAUGGAGAUCUGCUGUCCGAACUUCCAACAAAAGUGAGGGUUCUGGUGUGGCCGAUACAUCAGCUCAAGAAACGGUGUGCAAUCUCUGGAACUGGGAAAGUCGGAAGUCAAGCAAUUCCCGCACGUUUAUCCUUUGCCGAGGAUGCUUUACGGACCUUGGCUUUACCAGAAGCAUACGCAGAGAUUGUGUUGAACUUGCCACAAGCAAUUGAGCAAAUGUUUCCACAGAGGACUCCCACCUGAAAAGAAAAAAGCUCUUACCGCCGUUGUGUUCUCCGUGAAGAAGCCACAAGCCAGCAUGGAGAAUAUGUUGCCUUUUCUUCUGUUUCCUGAUGGUUUUCUUCAUUAAAACCAAGUGGUUAUUAAUGUUAAGGGACAAACCUAAAAAAUAACAUUCAACUUUCACA